AUGCAGCUCCAGGGCCGUUCGCGUGUGUCCCUCACGCCCCAGCAGCUUCGUGUGUGGUACGCCUGUUGGGAUUGUCGGGGUGGCAGUAGUGGGAGUCGUCCUGGAGUGGGUAGUUCGGGAGCUUCUUGUAGUGGCCCUGUGCAGCAGCAGCGUCCUCCGCGCGAGAAUCUUUCGCCUCAGGAGCUUCGUGAGUGGCCUGUUGCUGUCUCCCUGGCUGACCCCUCUGGGGGCCCGGUCCUUGCGACCUCCACCACUGCCCUCCCUUGUCCUGCUGUCCCGUCCGGCACACUGUCGGGCCUUUACCUCCCCUCGUUCUCUACGAACUUGGUGGCGGGUUCCACGCUCCAGGACGUGGGUGUUCACCAGUUCACCCAUGCCUACGAGCGGGUGACACUGCACGCGUGCCCAGACGGGUCGUCACCUGGCUACCUUCACUCGGCAGCCGGGGGGCGGCAGCGUGCCACCCCUCACUCUUCUAAGUUCCCCCCGAUAGAGGCUCCUCUGCAGACCCUUCACAUGGACGUGUGGAGCCCAGCCCGCGUCCAUGGACAGGCCGGAGAACGCUACUUCCUGCCUGUAGUUGAUGACUACACGCGUUACACCACGGUCUUCCCCUUGCGCACCAAGGGAGAGGUCCCUGCUAUCUUGAUCCCUUGGAUCCGCGCUACUCGUCUCCACAUGGAGAGGCACUUUCGCACGGACCUUCCCGUCCUGCGACUGCACUCUAGCAGAGGUGGUGAGUUUUCCUCUGGACUCUUGGAGGCCUUCUAUCAGAGGGAGGGCAUUGAGCAGACGUUCACGCUUCCGGCCUCUCCUCAGUAG